UUUAAUGCUAAGAGAACGUUGUUUCAGUACAUCGCUAGAAACCGAGAGCACAAUAAUGUUGAUUUUUAUAACCGUUUUAAUGCUCAAUAUGUGGGCUGUUUCGACAGAUGAUGUACUUUCACCAAACAUAAACAUCCUUGAAGAACUGGAGAAAAUAAAGAGCAUGGAAACAAUAAUGAAAUCUCUGGAGACUGAAAUGGAGCGACUAAGAACAGAAAACAAAGAAAUUUCAAAUCUUACUCUGAGUCAAGUGGAGUUGAGAAAGGAAAAUAGAGACAGAGAAAUAGCUUUUUCAGCUAGACUAACGCAAUCUAGCUUUGCAUAUAUUGGUCCUUCUACCACUGAAAUCACACUAACCUACAGGAAAGUCUUCACAAACAUAGGGAACGCCUACAACCCAAUUACAGGUAUUUUCACAGCCCCACUGAAAGGAGCGUACAUGUUCAGAAUCUCUAUACAUGGUCAUGGUGGAACUCCAGCAACUGUAUCCAUUAUUAAGAAUGGAGAGCACAUGGUUGUAGCACAUGAUGUUCAGGCUCAGGAUCGGUUAAACUCCUCGAAUGGAGUUGUAUUGAUCCUGGAAGUUGGAGAUGUUGUCUAUGUGAGACUUGGGUCUGGCUCGAGGAUAGCAGGUGGCGCGCAGAACUUCAACACUUUCAGUGGUUAUCUACUGUUUCCCUUAAGAUAACAAGAGCUUUGCAGAAUGUGAUUCCUAUAAUUCUCAAACUUCAGUGUAUGAAUUAAGAUGAAGAAUCAUUAAUAUAUGAACCUGUAUUAAUAAGUACUAAUGUUUGUUUGAAAUUUGCAAUAGAUUACUGAAUAAAAGUCUGAGUCUAUAAAUGUAACUUUAUAUAAACAUAUAUGUCUUAUGUCAUGUGAUUUUGUGGGACACGUGUGAGACAGAUAAAUAUAGUACUUGUAUGCUAAGUAAGUACUGAUUUACAUUCGGUGGCAAACUUGGCAUAGGCCUGUGCACCGAUUAAUGUUUCUGCCGGUGGGUGCCCACACUAUAAAGUUUUAGUGGUUAAACGGAUCGUUGUUGAUCCUUGAUCUCUAUGGUCCAACCCCCUCGGUUCGGCACGCAUGUGAUUCGUGAGACUUAUACACCAUUUUAAUCUGUUGGAUAUCUU